GAGCGCGCAUGCGUGUCCCAAAUAACGAAACGAGGCUGGGCGUCUUGGGCGAUCUUGAGCGUUCGCUUUUCUCCUUUGGACUGCGGGGGGAAUAUCCAGACGACACCAUGGGGAAACUGAACGUGGUUUUACUCCGAUACCUUUCCCGGGAUCAUUUUAGGGUCCUCACGGCGGUAGAAAUGGGCAUGAAGAAUCAUGAAAUAGUCCCUCCUAGUUUGAUUGCUUCCAUUGCCAGUCUUAAACAUGGGGGUUGUAAUAAAAUUCUGAAAGAAUUAACAAAACACAGACUUACAUCUUAUGAACGAAGUAAAACUGUCCAAGGUUAUCGAUUAACUAAUGGAGGGUAUGAUUACCUUGCCUUGAAAACACUGACUUCCCGAGAUAUGAUCUGUUCUGUUGGGAACCAAAUGGGUGUUGGAAAAGAAUCAGAUAUUUACAUUGUUGCAAAUGAAGAAGAAGAGCAACUUGCAUUAAAACUGCAUAGGCUCGGGAGGACCUCCUUUCGGAACUUGAAAAACAAACGUGAUUACCAUAAACACAGAAAUAAGAUGUCCUGGCUCUACCUCUCCCGUCUUGCUGCAAUGAAAGAAUUUGCCUAUAUGAAGGCUUUGUAUGACAGACAGUUUCCUGUUCCAAAACCAUAUGACUACAACAGACAUGCGAUAGUAAUGGAACUUGUCAAUGGCUACCCACUGUGUCAAGUGCAUCAUCUUGAAGACCCUGCAUUCCUAUAUAAUGAGUUAAUGGAAUUAAUUGUAAAACUUGCCAACCAUGGCUUGAUCCAUGGUGAUUUUAAUGAAUUCAAUCUCAUGUUAGAUAAUAAAGACCAGGUUACAAUGAUUGAUUUCCCACAGAUGGUAUCAACCUCUCAUCCAAAUGCUGAAUGGUAUUUUGACAGAGAUGUGAAAUGUAUACGUGAUUUCUUCAUGAAGCGCUUCCGCUAUGAAAGUAAACUAUAUCCAACUUUCAAGGAUGUUAGGAAAGAGUGUUCCCUUGAUGUUGAAAUUUCAGCCAGUGGUUACACCAAAGAAAUGCAGGAAGAUGAUGAAUUACUUUACCUGGAUUGCCCUCAAUAUGAGAAUUGUAAAACUGAGACAUUUUCUGAUGUGCAAGAUCCAGAAGGAGAGAUUGCUUCCUGUAACAGCGUAGAUCAGAUGACUGAUGGGAACUUCAUACAUGAGAUAAACGGAGCUUCAGGAACUUUGCUGCAGAUCCCUGAGGAAGACAGUGCAGAUGAAGAGGAAGGCAGUUUAGAUUUGAAGGGAUUCAGCUGUGCCUUACAGCAGAUUGGAGGGCAGGUGAUGACCAACGAGAAGUCUGACUCUGAAAGCUCUGUCGUUGAUUGUCCUGGUGAUAAAAAGAACCUUGAAAAAUCUACCCAGUUGGAAGAUCAAGUGGUUGAAGAACAUGAAGAUGAAUGCUCCAGUCUGGUUGAUUUGUCUACGUUAAACAGGGAAUUUAGACCUUUCAGGGAUGAAGAGAGUUUGUUUCAUGUCAAUCAGCACAGGACAAGAACCACUAGUAUGACUUCAGUACAGAGCACAACAAGCCAGUCAACAAUUCCUCCUGAACUGGUAAAACAGAAGAUAAAACGCCAAUUAAAUAAACAACAAAAAGCUGCUAUCAGACGACGACUGCAGAAAGGAGAAGCUAACAUUUACACCAAACAACGUCGGGAAAACAUGUACAAUAUCAAAUCAAGUUUGGAUUCAGCCAGCUUCUGGGAAUGACAUCCUAUGGGGACAUUUAUCUUUUUUUCUCCCAUCUCACAAGUCAAAUGAAAUUUGAUUUUAAAGAACUACUUGCAGAGAGGGAAUGUCCAGGAUUCAUGAAUGUCAACAUAAAAAUAAUCACAUCUUCAUAGUCUGGCACAGAUUUAUGUAAAGUGCAUGAUGACUGUCUUAUACAAAUGGCAAUUGUCUUUUGUGGUAAAACAUCACAAUGCACAUGUGUCAAUUGCUGUGGAAAUUUAGUCCAUUGCUUAGAAAGUCCAUUGCAUAAGAUUUCAUUGAAGUGAUAUAUUCCAUUCUUAUAUCCUGAGUGAGAUUUUUAAAAAUUCCUAAAGUAACAGGCUACAUGAGUGUAGGGGAAUGAUCUUAAACCCAUAGGCUAAAUUAUGGUAGACUUUUCAAGUCAAUCCAUAACUUGGUUAAAACAAAUUGCUAUCUAAUUUCACUGUGUUUAAAUCUAUGCAAUAGUUGAUAUAAAACUUUCAAUGAUGCUUGAAUCUUGGAGUUGUAGAAAUUUAACACUUGCACAAAUAUAAAAAAAUUAAACCUAAAGUUCUUUUUUCCACAUCCCAAAGGUUACCAAUAUAAACCCUUCCAAACUGUGUCAGAUAAUGAAAAUGAUAUUGCACAGACUUGCAAGAACAUUUCAAAAAGGUAAUGAGGUACUGCUAAUAUUUUUUCAUAUAUUUAUUCAACAUUUUGAAUAACAUUUGAGCCCUAUAGGUAGGCUUAUUUAGCUUAUUUAGCCAAAAUGUUGUAUCUUUAGAAUAUAAAAAAAAAUUGACAUGCUUGAUCCGAUCUACUGUUAUUUAGGAAAAACUAAUAUAAAAAUUUGGAAGCAUCCCAAAGGCUAUUUGGUUUUUUUUAAAAAUCUAUGAUUUGAAAAAACUUUUCAGAAGAACAGAGUAAUAAAAAAUUAAAAAUUUAUGUAGGUAAUGACUUAAGAGAUUGAAAAAAACUCAGUGGAAUAAGAACUUUGAUCAGAACUUAUUUAACAAGUUACAUGUGUAACAGAAAAUAUUGUUCUGUUAAAAGUAAUUGUUAUUUUUGUAUUAUGAACACUUAUUGCUCUUUAAGAACUUUGUACUAAGAGUGUUUUUGUUGUUU